AUGCCGUCUAUGACUGAGAUCACCAAAGGUGUGACUCCGCAGAAGCUGCUCUCAGGCGUGCAGCCUGAGGAGAAGCGAGCUGACAUGACAAAGAUCCUUGCCAUCUUGAAGAAGCACUCCAAGGAGAUACACGUCUAUGGGGGAAGCAUCAUUGGAGCUGGCAAGAUGCUUUACCAAAGCAAGAGCCAGAAGCCCUACACCUGGUUCCAGUGCGGCAUGGCUGCGCGAGCCAGCAACAUCACUAUGUACUUUGGGUGCAUCUUCAAGCUCAGCAACCAGGCCUCUUUCUUCUCUUUGACCUUUCACUCUUCUUGUGCUUGCUGCUGCUUGCUGCUGCUUGCUGCUGCCGCUGGUGUUGGCGGCCGAGGUCACGGUGUUGGUGUUGGCGUGAUGGGUGGUGGUGUUCUUAUAGGUGGAGGCGGCUGCAACUGCCGCCGCUAUACCGAUGCGGUGUGUGUCGUCAUUGUGAUUGUCCGCUGUCGUGGUCGUGGCCGCGGUCUUGCUUGUCUGCGUUGUGGUCGUGCUCGUUGCGAUAGUGUUUGUUUAUUGUUGCUGUAA